AUGGAGCCCGGGAACCUUACAGGAGUUUCACAAUUUCUUCUUCUGGGAUUUUCAGAGAGACCAGAACAGCAGCCCCUCAUAUUUGGGCUUUUCCUCUCCAUGUACCUGAUCACUGUGUUUGGAAACCUGAUCAUCAUUCUGGCUGUCAGCUCUGAUUCCCACCUCCACACUCCCAUGUACCUCUUCCUUGCCAAACUCUCCUUUGUAGACAUCUGUUUCACGACCACCACUGUCCCCAAGAUGCUGAUGAACAUCCAGACUCAGAGAAAAUUGAUCACUUACAAAAGUUGCCUCAGCCAGAUAUAUUUUUUUAUACUCUUUGCAGGAUUGGAUGUCUUACUCCUGACUGUGAUGGCUUAUGACCGUUUUGUGGCCAUCUGUCAUCCCUUGCACUACACAGUCAUUAUGAACCCCCGGCGCUGUGGUCUUCUGAUUCUGGGGUCCUGGAUCAUAAGCGUCCUACAUUCUUUGUUAGAAAGCUUAAUGGUGUUGAGGAUGUCCUUCUGUACAGUCUUGGAAAUUCCUCAUUUCUUUUGUGAACUCAAUCAGAUGAUCCAACUUGCCUGUUCUGACACCUUUCUUAAUAACAUGGUGAUGUAUUUUGCAGCUAUGUUCCUGGCUGGUGGCCCCUUCAUUGGGAUCCUUUACUCUUACUCUAAGAUAGUUUCCUCCAUAUGUGGGAUUUCAUCAGUUCAGGGCAAGUACAAAGCAUUUUCCACCUGUGUGUCUCACCUCUCAGUUGUCUCCUUAUUUUAUUGUACCAGCUUAGGAGUGUACCUCAGCUCUGCUGCUACUCAGAGCUCCCACUCAAGUGCAGUAGCCUCAGUGAUGUACACGGUGGUUACACCCAUGCUGAAUCCCUUUAUCUACAGCCUGAGGAACAAAGACAUAAAGGAGGCUCUGAUGAGAGUCUCUGGGAUAACAGGUGUUAAAGGGCCAAUUGUCCUGGGUUGA